CUAAAUUUUAUGAGAUAUAUGGAAUUGUUCUUUUUAAUUAUAUUUCUGCAUGGAUGAUGGGUUAUUUUAUAUCACUUGUUGUUCCAAAAGAAAAGUUUGGAUUGGUUGGUACAGGAUUUGCGCUUGCAUGGGGGUUAGUUUUCAGUGGUGGAUCUCCUCGAUUACAAGAUGUUAAAUAUGAAGAUAGUUAUAACCUUAUGAGAUGGUUAUGGGAUAUUUCAGCACCACGAUGGACUGUUGAAGCUUUAUAUCUUAAAGAAUUGACUCCCAGAUUAUGGGUUGAAAUUAAUACUGAAAAUUUAAAUCAUACUUAUAGUUUUAAUGAUUAUUCUUUAUGUUUAAUUUAUAUUUUCCGCAUCUCACUUGGGUGGGGUAUACUAUCAUUCCUUGCUUUAAAAUUAAUGAAUAGAGAAAUUAGAAUAAAUCUGAAAAAGUGGUUAAAAAUUUCGUGA